AUGCUACUUGGUUUUAAUUGUCUCGGUCAUAUGGCCACUUCACUCCUGGCACUCAGUAGCUCUGCGGCUGCUAGCCAAAUGUUCACGAGUACAAACUCUACGGGAUUUUCUCCUUGCGAUGCUCUGAUUGAAGCUGGCCUCAGCAAUCGACUUCUUUUCGCCACGGACCCGGAAUAUGAGGCCCGCAUUAAGAGCUAUUGGGCUUGGAACACACGACGGCACCCCUAUUGCAUUGUCCUGCCCCAUAAUGCGAAGGAAGUAUCUGCUGCAAUGACUGCGCUGCUAGGAAGUGAGGCUGGAGAUGGUGAUAGGACCGGCGCCGGCGCCUGGUAUAUUGCAGUCCGUGCAGGUGGCCACAAUCUUGGUUACUCAAACAACAUCGAUACUGGAGUGACCAUUGACCUGAAAUACCUGAAUCGAACCACUUAUGACCGUAAAACCAACAUCGCCAGCGUUAGCCCCGGCAGCCACUGGGAAGAUGUUUAUGCGGAACUACACAAGCACGGCGUUGUCGUGACUGGUGGCCGUGAUGGUGACGUCGGCGUCGGUGGUUUUCUGCUAGGCGGCGGCUCCACUUAUUACAUGGCGCAAACGGGUUUUGGCUGUGAUUCUAUCAAGAAUUUUGAGGUUGUCCUUACCAAUGGUACUAUUGUUAAUGCGAAUAAGGACGAGAACUCCGAUCUGUGGCGAGCUUUAAAAGGUGGCGGUAGCAAUUUUGGUAUUGUCACUCGCUACGACAUGGAAGGCCUGGAGGACAAAUACAUUGCGCAUGGACAACGAGCAAUGCUGGGAAACCACUCUACGGAGCUAGUGGAUGCGGUGGUUGACUUCACUAACAACCAAAAGAAAUUCGACAAAGAUGCCCUAGUUGCGAUCUUGGUGCACAAGGGAGGAGAGGAUAUCCUGGCAACAAUUGAAGUCAAUACAGACGGCAUUAAGAACAGUCCUGCGUUCAACAAGCUGAGGCAGAUUCCACAAGCAUCGCCAUUCACUCAAGUUGUUGUGCCUCUCUCUGUGGCGGCCGCGAACUCAACUCUCCCCGGAAAUGCCUGGACUCUGCAAACCACUUUGACGUUUAAGAAUGAUAAAAGGAUUCUGAAUCAUGCUGCGAAAGUACAUAAGCAGUUCGCUCAAAAGCUGUCUCAAGGCAUAGGAGAAACGAGCUUUUACAGCAUCGUCUUUUUCCAACCGCUACCUUCAUUCUUCGCCGAAAUUAGUGAGGAGAAAGGGGGCAACAUGUUUGCAGACACUUUGAAAGACCGCAAUUCCAUUCUCUGGACUGCCGGCGUGUUUGUGUACACCAAUCAAUCCGACUUCGCUGUCGCUCAAUUCCGGAUGAAUGAAAUGGUUGCGGAGCUUAAGAGUUUUUCGGCCUCAGUUGGUGGGGAGAAUCCGCUGAUCUAUCUAAACUAUGCCGACUUUUCGCAGAAUCCCCUCGGGAGCUACCCCAAGGAGAAUGUGGACCACAUGCGAAAGGUCGCGGCUAAAUAUGAUCCAGUGGGAGCAUUCCAGACCCGAUUCCCAGGCGGCUUCAAGAUCUCCAGAGUGGAUGCCUAA